UUCCAAACAAUUCAUUUGUCAAAAACAAAAAUAAAGUAUUUUUGAACAAAAUGUUAAAAAACUACAAUGUAUUUGUAGUCAAACAAUAAAUAUAAAGCGUGAUAAUGAAACAUUCCUUAAUUCAAAAGUGUUCUUUCAACCAACAGAUACAAUUAAAGGAAUCCUUUUUCAAAGGAUUUGAAAAGUUCGCUAAUGUAGCAAAUAAGCUGGGGAGAGCAUUAUGAAGGAAAUGGUAGGAGGGUGUUGUGUUUGUUCCGAUGAGCGAGGUUGGCCGGAGAAUCCGUUAGUGUAUUGUGAUGGACAAGGUUGCACUGUUGCAGUUCAUCAAGCUUGUUAUGGUAUUGUAACUGUACCUACAGGCCCUUGGUAUUGUCGAAAAUGUGAAAGUCAAGAGCGUUCAGCAAGAGUACGUUGUGAAUUGUGUCCUAGUAAAGACGGUGCAUUAAAACGUACUGACAAUGCAGGCUGGGCACAUGUUGUAUGUGCUUUGUACAUACCAGAGGUUCGAUUUGGAAAUGUUACGACGAUGGAACCAAUUAUUUUGCAGCUUAUUCCAGCAGAACGAUUUAAUAAAUUAUGUUAUAUAUGUGAAGAAAUGGGCAAAGGUUCCCGAGCUACAUUUGGUGCUUGUAUGCAGUGUAAUAAAUCUGGUUGUAAGCAACAAUUUCAUGUAACUUGUGCCCAAGGAUUGGGUCUUUUGUGUGAGGAAGCUGGAAAUUAUUUGGAUAACGUCAAAUAUUGUGGAUAUUGUCAACACCAUUAUAGUAAAUUGAAAAAAAGCGGUAAUGUAAAAACAAUACCACCAUAUAAACCCGUACCUGCUGUAGAUAGUCACUCAUCAGAUUCAUCACCAGAGAAAGACGGAGACAUGAGUACAUCAACAACAAAAUCAAAUCAAAAUUUGGCAACAAGUAGCGGUAAACGUAAAAGUAGUUCAAAUUCUGGUAAAUCAACAUCUUCAUCAAAAAAUUCUAAUUCAUCAAGUAUGAAUAAAGGCGGCAACAGUAAUAAUACUGGUUCGUCAACAACAUCAUCUUCAUCUUCAUCCACAUCAAACAAUAAUAGCAAUAAUCAAUCAUCAGCAUCACAAUCAAAUCAUCAAACAAAAAGUAGUAGUGUCCAUUCUUCAUCAAACAAUAAAACUAAUAAUACAUUAAGUGUUGCUUCUAAUAUUGAAACAAAAAAUAAAAAUUCACUAAAUGUGCAGAGUAGUGUUAAAAGUAAAAGUGUGGGAGACAUUGUUGCCACUACAACAGACACAUCUAAUAUAACUUCAUCUUCAUCCACACAAAAUUUGAAUUUAACUAACGAUAAUAAAUCUAGUGACAAAAAUCAUAUAUCGAUUACAUCUUCAUCAGUUUCUCUGAACUCCACAGAGAAAUACGUAAAUUCAACACUAUCAUCAGUUCAUGAUACUAAUGCCAAUGACAAUGAGAAAGAUUCAACAUCUUCAAAUCAUUUAAAAGGUGCUGCAGCCAAGAAACGUAAAGCUGGUGGAUCACGAACACCAACGCCAAAUUCAAAUCUUGUUCCACCGAUUGAUGAAAAAUCAACGUCAAGUGUGUCAACGAUUGUAACGCCAUUGAAUAGUACUGUUGUUGUUAAUACCGCGACACAACCGUCACAAUCUACAACUAAUUCUUCGGUGUCAGUUAUUGGUAGUAAAAGUACAACGAAUACAGGGUCAUUUGAAACUCGAUCUAGUACAGAGGUUGGCGAUAAAAUUAAAAAGAUAAAAAUUGAACAUUCGGGAUCUUCACCGAAAACAGGAUCACCAUUAACGGUUACAUCUGCUGGCUCACCGCUGAUAUCAUCAAGUGAUACACGACCACAAUCAAAUAAUUCCGCAAAUGUUAUAUUACCACCGACACAAUCACCAAAAACAGUUGGUUCACCGCAUAAUAGUUUAGUUGUAUCUGUACCAUUAACAAAUACAUUAAUACCGAAUAGCAGUACAGCUGCCACAUCAAAUCAGAAUCAAACAUCGGUGUUAACGAAUUCACAAUCCUCUACAAUAACCCAUUCACCAUCAAUAUAUCAAACGACUAAUGAGAAAGUGAUCAUUGGGAGUAAUGGAAAUAUUAUUAAUCCAAUGGUUAGUUUAGAACCGUUAGGAGCAUAUGGUAAUCUUUCCAGCUCUGAUUCGGGAACAUUAAAAAUUACAUAUGAGAAGCAAGUGACAAGUGACAGUCCACCUAGUAUUACGACUAGACAACAAGCUAGUUCAAUGGACACAGCACCAGAAGAGUUACCUGAAAAACGUGCACGUACUAUUCAAUUAAGAUCACAAUCGAUUGACAAUAAAAACGAAAAAACAGUUGCCGGUGGGCGUGGUAAAAAACGUGGUUCUGCUGGUGGUGGUUCACAAUCACAACCGGCUACCACAACAUCACCCCAAACACCGGUAUCAAAUAAUCUUCCAAUAAAUGCAAACAAACGAAGUAGUCGAUCACAGCAACAGCAAACACCACCUCCUACAUCAGCGUCGUCUACGUCAAUCCAAGGUGCCUUUAGUAGUAUAACACAACAAAAUAAAACAAUGAAAGAAUCCCCACCUAGUUCACCAGAGGGAUCAGAGGCAGCAGCCAGUGUUUCAUCAACCGGUAAACGAAAUAAAGGCCGUAAUAAUAAAUCUUCUCAACAGAAUCCAACACAAUCCAAUUCAGUUUUGAAUUUAAAUCAUGAUUCUAGUCAUGAUUCCAAAGAUAUUAAAAUAUUUCAGAAUGGAAUCAAUGCACCACAUAUGUUAGGAAAUCAAUUGAAUCCAAAUUCACAUAUGGCGCAAAAAAUGUCUGAUCAUUUAAAUUCAGAACUAGAAGCGCAUAGUAUAUUUUCAGCGGAUGCAUUACCUGCAAAUAGUUUAAUUGGACCACAACUUCAUAAUCGAGUUAUAGCCUCUGCACGAGGCGGUAAUUCAAAUCAAUCAAAUUCGAGUGCAUUUUCAAUGUUAGGUGGAAAUAAUGCUUCAGGCGUUGUACCACAAACACUUGAUCAAUUAUUAGAACGACAAUGGGAACAAGGAUCGCAGUUUUUAAUGGAGCAGGCGCAACACUUCGAUAGUGAGUUUGCAUCAUUGUUAUCCUGUCUGCACCAACUGCGGGCAGAGAAUUUAAGACUUGAAGAACAUGUAUCUAGUUUAUUACAACGGCGUGACCAUUUGCUAGCAGUUAAUGCACGUUUGGCAAUACCCUUAACUUCACAACAACAAAUUACAGCAUCGUCAACACCGUCUACUCAACACACAGCAUCAAUACCAUCGGUAUUAAAUGAUGUGUCAUCACGAUCACGUCUAACUUCAUCUGCAAGUGCUACAACAAAUUAUCCAAGUGGUCAGCAACAACCAAUUGUUGAGAAUGGACUACCCUCAGAGCACAUAACACAAGGAUAUACCCAACAAUCACAAUCACAACAGCAUAGAUCAUCAAAUUCAUCUCAACCCAGUCCUACGAUAAGACAUUCACAAUCGUCUAGUUACAUUCCGACUUCUAGUUCUGCACAACAACAUGGCGUGUUACGUGGAUCUAGGAGUAGUAGUGUUCCUGACAAUAGUCGAGGAAAUCAAGCAUAUAAUACAUACCAUCAAGGACAAAUUUCAUCCGUUGUAACAUCACAAUCACAGCAUCAACAACAGAUAAAUGUUCGUCGAGAAAAUGAAUUGCAUCAUUCAAUGGGCACCUCUAGUUCAAAGCCAAGCUGAAAGGCGUCGUAUAAAAAUGGAAAUUUUUCAAUAGGUUUUUUAUUAAAUAUAAAUAAAUAAUUGACUGAAAGAUUUAUUUAAAAAA